UUUGUUGUAGUUUCUUGACGGUCUCGUUCGAGUGACGCACUGCAGCAGACGCGCGUGCGGAUGAAUUCCUUUCAGAGAUUUAAGUGAAAUGCUAAUGUUCAUUAUUUAAUCUUAUCUGGAUGUAUUUAAGAUGGAAAGCGAUAUACUCGACAUCCUGGAUCAGGUUGGGUAUGAGGGGCCGCUGUCAGAGGAGGCGUGUCUGCUGGCGGCGUGUGGGCGGGGCUUCAGCUCAUCUGAAUAUGUCAGUCUGAUGAUGUGGCUCUCCUCCAGACUCUCACGCAUCACUGAUUCACACACACAGGAGUCGCUCAUCACAGAAGAUCCUGACAGAUGCGCUCUGGACAUCGGCAGACUGCUGAAGGAUUCGUGUUGUCCAGAUGAAGGACUGGCGUCACGAUUAGUAAACGGGGAUGUCAAAGACACGAAGGACCAUCUGAAGAUCAUCUUGUUCUUGGCGUCGGAGCUUCAAGCUGCCGAGAUCGAGGCCAGUAAACCCAGGUGUGAGGCGGAGGAGCUGGAUGCGCCUCUCCAGGAUCUCAGGGUCAUAUGUGAAACGCUGAAUCUGCCAGAUCCGGCCAGACGAGACGCCAGAGACGCCUUCAGUGCCGUCCAGCAGCAGGUGAAUGUUUUGCUGAAGCGGCUUCCGGAGACGCACAUCGGAGAUCCUGCAUUCAAGAGCUCCCUCCAUCCUGACAAAUGGAGCGAGUUGGAGAAGAUCAACAGCGUUCUGUCAGCGGAGUACGAGUGUCGGCGGCGAAUGUUGAUCAAACGGCUGGAUGUGACGGUGCAGUCCUUCAGCUGGUCUGACAGAGCCAAGGUGAGGAUUGACAGAAUGGCCAGGGCAUAUCAGCCCAAGAGAUACUCUCUGUCACUGAAGUCCUCGGUGAGCGUGGCUCAUCUGCUCGCCGCACGAGAGGACAUCUGCAACAUGGUGAAAACAAGCAGCGGCUCGUGCCGAGAAAAAACCGCCUGCGCCGUAAACAGAAUCCUGAUGGGAAGAGUUCCCGAUCGUGGUGGACGGCCAUCUGAGAUCGAAGCACCUCUGCCUGAGAUGCCCGCCUGGCAGAAGAGAGCUGAUGGCGGAGGCCGAGGAGGAGGAGGAUACGGUGGGAACUGGGGAGGUGGCGGAUCAAGAGGCAGUUGGCGCUCCGGAGGAGAUGGAUGGAGAGGAGGCAGAUGGAGUAAAGGAGGCCGAGGGGGGCAGUAUUAUCACUGACAGUGUUAUAAUGGACAUAUGAGUGACAGUGAAGUGCAUUAACGUGCGUCCUGUGAGGAGAUUGUCAUUUCCUCUCUUUUAAACUAGUAUGUUUCCUUGAGCUACAUGAUCAGCCUGUGCAGAUACCUGUGACAUCAUGCAUUGCUUCAGAAACCUGCUGAAAACAAUGGUGAAUAAAGCCGUGAAAAACCCUUAUGAAAUAUACGUGACAUUUGA